UCAAACUAGACGGCUUGAUUUCAAGUUAGAGAUUGAACUUGUGAGCUCGAUACCUUUUCUUUUGUCAAAAAACAAGAGGUCUAAAGAUUUGGCGGCAACCACAUCGAAGGCUGAGUUUUGAAACUCCAUUUACAGCAACGACUGUUUUCAGCUUAGCUAGAUGCUCAGGGAAUUGCCUUCCCACAUGGGUACAGCUUGCCAGGCUCAAGAAAUGGGCCUUUGUUUAGUAUAGUGGUGAUGGGGAUGCAAGAGAGGGGAUGGGAGGAGGGGUUUACCCAAAUGGGAUUAAUAAAUGGGAGGCAAUUUGGUAAUGGAGUUGGAGUUCUCCAAAGAAAUGGGUUCUAUUGGAAGAGGAAGAUAUGUCAAGGGGACCAAACACUUUGCCACCGAGAAGCAUCAGACAGUCUAGUUGAAUAACAAGUACGCUGCAUUGUUGAGUUUGGUUCCAAACACAAAGAAGAAUGGUGCUGGAAUACAAGAGGUAGCGGCAAUGCAACUGAACUGGAAGCAGCUUUCAGAAAAGGUUCCAUCCUGCACCCAAACCAGAGAAUCAUACUUAAAAGGAAGAAGAGGUUGAUACUAGCUUGAAGGUUAAUAUCGAAAUCUGUUGGGAGAAUGGAUGAGAAUGUAUGUGUGUGGGACUCAACUGAUAGUAGCGAUGCAGAUGGUGAUGGCGUGGAUCCUGACAUUUGUGUUAUACCCAAACUCAAUACUGAGUCCAUACCAGAAGUUGGGAAAGAGUUUGAUUCACUUCAAGAUGUUUAUAAUUUCUAUAAUAAUUAUGCAGAGAAGGCAGGAUUCAGCAUACGCAGUCAUUCAAGUAAAAAGGAUAGACUCACGAGGGAGAUAAAAAGAAAAGAAUAUGUAUGUUCUAAACAAGGUACGUAUUGUAGACCCGAAGCAGAAGGCAGGGUAAGGAAAAGACGCAGAGUCAAAGUACGACAAGAUUGCAAGGCUAGGAUUGGGGUUGUGAAGUGUCAUGAGUCUAACAAGUAUUCUAUUUCGUUGUUUGAAGAGGUACACAACCAUUCAUUGACAACCCCAGAUAAGGUGCAUUUGUUGAGAUCUCACCGUGAUGUUAGAGAAUCAAGAAAAGCACUCAAAAUUGACCAACUUGGUGUAGUUAAUACACCUACUCAUCAACCAGUAAGUAAUCUUGAGGUACAAGCAGGAGGAAUGGAAAACAUUGGGUGUAUAAAUAAAGAUUUCUACGAUUGGGAAACGAACAUGCGCACGCAACUGCUGGAGCAUGAUGUAGAGCUGCUGAGUGAGCAUUUUGGGGCUGAGAAAAGAAAGAGUGAGUCUUUUUAUUUCAAGAUGGAGGCAGAUUCUAGUGGAAAGCUGACUAAUUUGUUUUGGGCAGAUUCAACAUCUAGACGAGCUUAUAAAUUCUAUGGAGAUGUGAUUAUGUUUGAUACAACAUAUAACACGAAUCGUUAUGGAUUGGUAUUUGCGCCGUUAAUAGGGGUGAAUAAUCAUGGGCAGACAAUUAUCCUUGCAUGUGCUUUCUUAAGUAAAGAAACCACCGAAUCUUUUAUGUGGUUAUUUGACCAAUUUAAGAAUGCCAUGCCUGGUCCACCACCCAAAAUUAUCAUUACGGAUCACGAUGCAGCCAUGACAAAGGCGAUUGUGCAAGCUCUCCCAACUACAUAUCAUAGAUUAUGCAUAUGGCAUAUUUUGAACAAAUUUUCUGAAAAGGUAAAUCCCCCAACACUCAGAGACAGAUUCUCAUAUUUAAAUGCUUGCAUGUGGGAUAUAGACACAACAAUAGAAUUUGAAUCAAAAUGGCUUACCUUGAUUACAGAAAAUGGAUUAAAUGAUCAUCCUUGGUUGAGUUCAAUUUAUGAUUUGCGUGAUAAGUGGGUUCCAGCCUAUGUGAAACAUGUUUUCUCUGCUGGAAUGUUGAGUAGUAAGCAACCUGAAAGCUCACAUGCUUUCUUCAAGCCAUAUGUUUCACGAAAGAAUUCGUUGAUGGAUUUCGUAGUACGAUUUGAACGAGGUCUUGCUAAGCAGCGGCAUGAGGAGUUAUAUGCCGAUCAUGUUGACCGUAACGAAAAACCUGCAAGCCUUUUGGAGACGUCAAUGGAAACCCAGGUGGCAGGCUUGUAUACAAAGGCGCUGUAUCAAAAGUUUCAGAAGGAAGAAUUGAAGAGCCUUAAAUGUUUUCUUCAAUGUACAACGUCGGAUGAUAGACAAAGGGUUUAUAAAGUAACUGAGAGGAUAAAACCCGGGGUUUCUAAAGUCAAAGAAGUUGUGUAUGACGCAUCCGCUGAUCUAGCUUCUUGCAGUUGCAAACACUUGGAAUCUUGUGGAAUUCCAUGCAGGCAUGUAUUGGCUUUUCUAAAACAUGAGCAAGUCGAAUAUUUGCCGGAUAAGUAUUUAUUACAAAGGUGGAUGCAAAAAGCGAAGUCUGCGUUGGUGUUUGAUCGUGAUGCCAUUAAAAUUAAAGAUCACGUUGAUAGGUGUGUUUUAAUGAGGAGAUCUACGUUGUCUAAACGAGCCAUUACUCUAAUUGAUUCUGCAUCAAUGUCCGAGGAAGCUGGGAAGGUACUCUUAGAAACUUUACAGGGUGUGCAGGAAAAGAUAGAGUCUAUGGGGCAGGAAAUUGGGCAUGCACAAGGAAGUGGUAAAGCCGUGGCCAGCGAUUCUCAAACAGUUACUUUAAUGGAUCCACUUCGAGUAAGAGUGAAGGGCAAAGAGAAGGCAAUGGACCAAUUGAAACGAUGGUGUACAGAGUUGUAGUUCUUUACCUGGAAACAAUGACGACACAACUCAGAGCAUGCCGAAUACACAAUCUAGUCCGAUCGUGUCCUUGAUGGAUGAAUUUGACAUUUAUGCAUCCGCCAGCUCUCAUCCCGUUUUGUAGUUGGCUGAUUGUGUCAAUAAAUUUGAUGUAUUGUCCAUGUAUGUUUUUCAUCAUUGAAUUGGUUUUCUUUGUUUUGGGUUGCAGGUUUGUAGUAUUGUUCGUGUAUGUACCCGAACUGGUUGACCAUUGUUCUUGUAACCUGUGUAAGGAAAUUGCAUUAUGGAUACCAGAUUUUCUUCCUCUCA